AUGGAGAAAGACGCUGCCUUGCCCGUGGUCAACCACGAAUUUGUUGGUGGCAGAAUCAUGUGGUUGCCCAAAAAGGAGGAAAUAGAAGCUGGUAAUCUACCAGCCCUGGAUGAUAAGUUAUUCGAUCAUCCGGUUUUGAUCAUAUCCGAGCAUCGCGAGGAGCAAACAGAUAUCGUUCGCGUCUUGAUUAUAACCACUUUCGCAAAAGAGGGUUUGAAGACUAGAUUUGGCCGGUCCCUCGCAUGCCGAUUCUACCUGCCGCUCCCUGGCGCGCCUGCCCAUCCCUGUGCGAAAUCGAGGGCAGACAUACCCUCCAAUUUGACGUUCGUCGAGGAGGACGGGAAUGAAAAGGCUCUCUGUGCUUCUUGGAUAAAUGCCAGAGCGUCCUAUUCGGUGCCGUACCAGUGCCUCAUCAACUGGAAAAAUAUGCAGAGGACCCCGACACUUACCAAGGAGUCUCUUAGGGACGUGAUUAACUAUCACACGGAGAGGGUACCUAAAAUUGAGAGGUGGGAGCAGGUAGAGAGAAGCUCAAAGGAGGAGAAGGAGAAGAGGAUAGAUGAAAGAAGGUCGCGAACAUCAUGGCGGACACCUCCGCAACACCCCGUGAGCGAGACUCGCGGGGUUGUCAGCACGACAACUUACCCUCCUGAGAUGUCGAUCUCUCAGAGUGCGGUAAUGUUGGUGCAUACCUCUAAUGACCGAUAUAUUAGAAGUACGCGAUGGAUAGGGCAAGUCCAGAGGAAGGGGAAAGGCGAGUGUCCUCCGGGGUGUCUCUGCUGUGGGUGUUGCGAUUAUUGGAGAGAUAGGAGGAGUGCGUCUAGUGAUCCUCCAAGGUCGAAAUCAAUUUCGGCCUUAAUUCCUACUCCCGAGUCGCACGUUUGCAGAGUGGUGGGGGAGGGACCCAUCAAAAAGACCUAUUAUAACAAGAAUAGGGGGUUCCGAGCCCAACCAUCUCAGGGGAGGCUGUUCACAGAAAACUCUGCGACCAUUUGCCAGAAGCCACUGGUUUCGGCACCUACCGAGGUGCUGGGCAUGGCCAGUUUCGACGUUUUGUCCCAGGACACUGGGGUAUGUGAUGCCCUUGCGUGGAUACAGGAGCGUCAGUCGGUACACGUUUGGCAAUGGUUCCUGCGCCCUCGAUGA